AUGGCGCCAACAGCCGACGCCGGUGGGCGAUUCACAGGUGCUGCUCGCAGCUUCUAUUUCGCGCGGCGUCGCACCGGACGCGUGUCGGGACCGGCUGCAUGCAUCAACUCGAGCCGGCGUGCUGGAGCUGAAGACGCCUGCAGCUGCCCGCGAAACUCAGCCCUCGCAGCAGUUCUCGCGCAGUCCUCACAGCAGGACCCCGUUGCAGACCUUCAAGCAGAUGGCGCACGGCCAAUGGCUUCCCUGUCCUCCACACUGCUCGGCCAUCUCAUUUCCACUCGGGCCGAAGCGACUCCAGUCAAGAGUGCCGAGACCCUGCAUGCGCCGUCUCCCGCAGGCCGCGAAGGGCAGUCUUUGCCACGCCGACGGCCAAUCCAAGCACCCGCUGCAAUGGUGUCUGGAACGUGCGAGAGCACCUCAUGCGCGACACUGGCCCAUCGCCAAUCCCCAGACCGUGCUCGCCUCAGAGUCGAUAGCUUCGCGAUGCUUAGCUACGUUCAUUGGGACAAGUGGAAUUUGCAGUCCUCUCUCCUUGACCAUGGUAUCGUCCACGACCAUGGCCACCGCGGAUACACGUGUUUUCAACGCGCCAGGGGUUUUGUGUUCCUACCCACCGCUUGUAUCACGAACUCUGCACUUGACACACUGCUCACCUUCAGCGUGCCUUUGGACGCUCGAUUAUGGGUUGCCUUUCAUGCUUUCCCGAUAUCUACAUCUCAAUACAACCUCAAAAUGCGCAGUACGCUUUUCCUAGUUUCAGUGCUUGCCGGCGCUGUCUUCGCCAGUAACGUGCCUUUACGCCGACGAAGUGUGAACGUUCUGGCCGGAGGGGUCGCCCCAACUACAACACCGGCCCCGGUACUGGAGGCACCAGAUCUUAAAAAAAGACAAGCCAGUACUUAUGACAUACUCAGCUCAAUUCUCGAGGAGCAAUCCAUCUAUGAUGUCCUCGCAACCGCGCUCCCACUCUCUUUCUACGAGAUCGCCAUUACAGACCCCGGUGCCGUGAGCUCCAUCUUAUCCUCCGAGUUCGCCGCCGGCGAAACACCCUCUUGGUACGAAGCGCUCCCAGCAGACGUCAAGACGUACCUUGAAACCGCGACCGGAGGUCUAUUCGGAGACUCUACUGAAGCCCUUUCGUACUCCGUCCCCUCGAUCUCGAUACCAGCAGUCACAGAUGCUUCGUAUGCUGCAGAACUGAGCUCCAUCCUCGCUCUAUACAGUUACAGCUUCUCGAACCCCUUGCUCACAGCAGUGCAAACAACGGACUCCGACGGUACUCCAGCAACCUCUGUCUCAGUAGUCACUGCUUCAGCAGCCUCUGCCACAAAUACAGCGGUCUUCGUGCAACAACAGAAGAGCUCCUCUGGCCUCUCUACUGGCGCUAAGAUUGGCAUAGGAGUCGGUGUGCCAGUCGCUGUUCUCGGGAUCGGUGCCAUCGCGGGCGUGUUCCUUAUCAUGAGCCACCGAAGGAGGAAGCAGAGGAAUGCAGCAAAUUCGAUAACUGUGGGCAACUUUGAGGCGAAGCCGGUGGGCAUGCCGCCUGCGCAACCGCAAUAUCCUGGACAGCAAAUGCAGUAUUACCCUCACGGGCAGGUCGUGGAAUUAGAGCCACAGAAUAACGUUCCGGAGCUACAGUCGGCGCAGCGGCCGCUGUAUGAGAUGCAAGGGUGAGAAGAAUGGUGCAAUAUGAAGUUGCAAGUCAGAUUAUUUAUUGGUGCCUGGAAUAACUCCUACCGCUCUUAUACAUACUUUCGGUAAUUUUGGUCCCCGAAGAAAGCUUACGUUUCCUCCAACUGUCAGUUCUUUCACCAUUUCCCGCUACCUAUCGGCUGCCGGGUAUACUCUCCGCCUCUUACGCGGAGGUACCUCUUUGCCUCCUUUAGUUGGAAAGACUCCCUAAACAAACCACAUAAGAUCUUUUUUGUUAGACGUAUCGUAGACGCAGCGUGGCACACGUCGUGGUCACUCGUUGCUAAAUAAACAAAGGGCCCAAGUUUACAAGAAC